AUGCGUCUCGGUGUAGAGCACGCUGUACGGAGCAGGACAACACACGGGGCAGCAUACGAGCGAGCACGUCUCCGCUUCGAGGACGCCGAUCACACAGCACACAGGUACAGCAGCAUGUUCCGGCCGCGGAUAGGCCGCCGGCCGAUGGUCGGGGACCUUGUCGGCCUGAUGGCCAUGGGAGGCAGCAUGCGAAGAGCAGCAGCGACACAGGCGAGCCAGCGUCUUGGGCCGAGGGCCUUGCUGUCCCAAUGGGACCGACAGACAAGCAGACCACAGCCGCCUGUGCUGCGAGCAAGCAGAAGCAGCGAUAGGCGACGAGCGAUGGCGACGACAGCAGGCGCAGCUGCCGGACUGCCAGAUCUGGACCGGGUUGUGACGGUGGUGCGGGGAGCGCGCACGAGGCUGCUAGACCACCCGGGAGUGCCAUCAGAGGACGAGACGGCGACGGCGCUGCAGAUCUGCGGUGCGGCGGCCGACCUGAUCAUGGACGCGUCCGUGCAGCCGCAGCUGAACAACAUGGACCACCAGGCCGACACGGCCGCGUCGACGCUGCUGUCGCUAGAAGGCCGGAGCACGACCGAGUGUGUGGCCGAGACGCCGACAUGCACACCAGACACAGCGUCCACAUCCGCACCAGACUCCACGGCCGCAGGGUCGCCUCGCCUCCGCGACGUCGUCGGCCAGAUCUCGGACGCAGCCUAUGCCGUGAUCGAGGACCGCCGCGUGCACAUCACGCCACAGCUUCUCGCGCAGUACGUGGCCAUCCAGGCGCGGCUGGGCCGGCCGGCAUCGCUGCCGCACGUGCUGGCACUGUUCGCGUCGAAGCCGGUGCCGCGAGCCCGAAAUGCUGGCCAGGUACACUACCAACCGCAAAACCCCCGGCGUCCCGGCGCGGCCGUCGAUCCGGACGUGGCCGAGGCUGCGCUGGAUGCGGCGCUCGCUGCCCGCGACCUCGAUGCUGCCGUCGGCGUGGUCGAACACUCGUUUGCCGCUGCUGGGUUCGUCCGCAACAAGCUGCUGCACAAAGGCUUCCUGCCUGGCUUCGCCGUCGUCGCCGUCCCGCUGGCCACGUACAGCCUUGCCACCCAGCUCGCUGCUGUCCAGACUACGCUCGAUGACGGCGCUGCCACCGCCAUGGCUUUUGCUGCCAUCCUCGCCUACGUUGGCUUCACCGGCGCCAUCGGCGCCGUCGCCAACGCUACCGCCAACGAUCAGAUGCGGCGGGUCACGUGGUCACCUGGCACACCCCUCCGCGAACGCUGGCUGCGCGAAGACGAACGCGCCGCUUUUGACAAGGUCACGUGCGCCUUUGGCUUCACCGACGCCUACCGCUACGGCGAGGAGGAGGGUGCCGACUUCCAGGCCCUGCGCGAGUACGUCAUGCGCAAGGGCAUGCUGAUCGACCAGAACGAGAUGCUCGAGGGCAUGAGCUCCUGA